AUGACAUUAUUCGGGCAUAAAACCCACCGUUGUGGGAUGUUGGGCCUGAGUACCAGGUUGUCACUGAAUUGGGAUAAGGCAGCUAUGGAGUGGUGGUAGAGGCUAUCCAUCUACCCACCCAGAAAAGAGUUGCAAUAAAGAAACUUCAAGAUGUCUUUGAAGAUGAAGAAGAUUGCAAGAAAAUGUCCAUACAUUACACGCCUCCUUGACAUAAUUGAACCUAGAGACAUCAAUAACUUCAAAGAUGUGUACUUAGUAGUUGAGUUUAUGAGCGCAGACUUAAAAAAGAUUAUUAAAAGUGAUAUUUCCCUCACAGAAGAUCACGUCAAGGUCAUUAUUUACAACAUCCUUCUCGGAAUAAGAUGGUUGAGCUUGGCUAAAGUUUUACAUAGAGAUAUUAAACCUGCAAAUAUAUUGAUUGAUGACGAUUGCCACAUCAGAAUUUGUGACUUUGGCCUGGCUAGGUCUUAUGACUCAAUGCGACCUGACCCAAAUAGGUAUCAUGAGAUCAUUUAGAAAUAAAUUAAUGCUCAACAAUCAAUCAUACUAGAUGAUGGAAUUCGUCCUUAAACUGUCGAUCCUCUAUUGAAGAGGAAAAUCACUUCGACUAUCCUAGAUAACUCCAAGAAAGAGAGAUCGUCAGUCAAACGUAAACUCUCCGACCACGUUGUCACAAGAUGGUAUCGUCCACCAGAAAUUAUUCUAGUGGAAAAAGAAUAUAGCUCUGAGGCUGAUAUUUGGGGAGUUGGCUGUAUAUUUGCCGAGCUUUUACAGAGAAUUCAGAGUUAAACCUAACCGGCUAAUGAAGUAAAUAGAAAAACAGAUGCUUUAUUUCCUGGAAAGUCUUGUUUUCCACUCUCACCUGAUAAGAACGCUAGAAGAGUAAAUACUAGAAGAAAUUCUGGUCACCCUUUAAAUCUAAAUUAAUAAUAAUCCAAUGGUCAUUAUGCCAAAAAAUCCUAUCCAGUCACUGAUUAAGAUUAGCUGAAAAUGAUAAUUGAUUUAUUGGGUACUCCUGGACCUGAUGACAUCUCUUUUAUUACAGAUGACUCUGCUCUGGGUUACAUGCAAGAAUAUGGCAUAAAUAUAAAAGCUGUUGAUUUGUAAAAGAGAUUUCCAUAGGCAAGUAGUGGCGCAAUAGAUUUACUAAGGCAGAUGAUACAAUUCAAUCCUUACUUAAGAGCAAAUGCAGAAGAAUGUAUAUAUCAUCCUUAUUUCGAUAAAAUAAGAGUAUCUGAGAUAUUAGACACUAUAAUGCCCCGAGUGGUUCAACUUUAAAUAGACAACGAUGAAGUAAGACUCUCGAUUGAUGAAAUGAAACAAAUUAUAAUACAGGAGAUUGAGUUUUUUAAGCUCAAAAGAUUGUAACAAGGAAUAAAGCACAUUGAAAGUAUCUAUGUGAUUCCGGAUAGCACUAUAUGA